AUGCAGCAAGCUCCUAUACGGCUCACUCAGACAUUGUGGUCCGUAUUUCGAGCUACGAAGCCCGCUUGCAAUUGCAACGCACUCCCACGUCCGCGUCAAUUUUCCUCGGUGGUCCGACCCUCCUCGCAACCAUGGCCCACACAAAGGUCCAGAAUAGCCUUUCAAGCUCGGUGUUAUAGCGAGAACAAAACAGAAAUAGAAAAAAAGGUGGAAGAAGCCAAAAAUCGGAUAGAAGAGAGCUUGGGAUCGCGGGCAGAGGCGGCGGCCGAACAGAAACCCAAGGAUUCGCAGCAUGAAACGAUCGUCCAUACCAUUCCGGAGUCGUCGUCAAUUGUCCAUGCUUCAAGUCCUAGAACAGACGGACAGCAAGAACACAACCCAUCUCAGUCUCAGUCUCAAUCUCACUCGCAGCCUCAGUCGCAGUCACAGCCUUCAUCUCGAUUUCCUUCAGAAUGGAAACUACCCUCCGACUUCUCGAACCGAUAUUCGCACCUGCGGACCCGAUUUACGCAUUUCAUGGACAAUUUCCAGACCCAUAUCUUCACGGCCUCUCAACGCCUGAACGACCUUACGGGGUACUCGGGUAUUGAAGCGCUCAAGAACGAAAUCGAACGUCAAGAAGCUGUGGUGCAGGAGUGUCGACAAGCAGUCAAGGAAGCCCGGGCGAAAUAUACCAAGGCCAUUGCCACGCGGAGCACCACUCAACGCGAAGUGAACGACCUCUUGCACAGGAAACACACGUGGUCGCCCUCGGAUCUGGAGCGUUUCACCGGCCUGUACCGAUCCGAUCACGAGAACGAGCAGGUCGAGGCGGUGGCGGCAAAGGAAGUCUCGGACGCAGAAGCCAGGUACGAAGAGGCGUCAACGAAACUGGCCAAAGCCAUUCUUGCCAGAUACCACGAGGAGCAGAUUUGGAGCGACAAGAUCCGCCAGAUGUCGACCUGGGGCACCUGGGGGCUGAUGGGCCUCAACGUGCUGUUGUUCGUCGUUUUCCAGAUUGCAAUCGAGCCGUGGCGCCGGAAGAGACUGGUCGAGGGCUUCCAAGAUAAGGUGGAAGUUGCCCUGAAGGAGACAUUUGACGACCUCACGGCCGUGCAACCAGUCCGACCGAACCACGAGGGCGCCAUCGCAGCCAUGGCGCCGGACGGCAAAGUUGACGUCGUGGCCGAUAAGAUAGUCGAGCAGAUCGUCGAUGCUGUCUCUGGCACCACGGUCGACGAGGAAAUUCCUCCGACAACAAGUCCACCCACAGGCGCGACAUUGACUGCUGUGCCACCAGAGCCGGUCAUUGAAGCGGCCGCAGAGCAGCUCGCCGCUGAAGAGAUUUCAGCGGAGGAAGCUGAACAAGAAUCACCGGGCACAAUCGUCCCGCAAGCACCAGAGACUCCUCCGUCAGGCACGUCGCGCUGGGUUCCAGCUACUUCACCGCUUGCGUGGUAUGAAGACUCUCUACGCGCCCUGUUCAGCGACCAGCAUCUCCUCACCGUCACGCAGCGACAGUUGACCACCGUUGCUAUGGAAGGCGUCGCGGGCGGCAUGGCACUGAUGGGCUUGCUGUUUCUUCUCUUGCGGCCGAAAUGA